AUGCCUCCUAUCAGCCAGGCACAGAUUAUAUGCCAGGGAUGGGUUCUCAAGAAGAGAAGGAAGAAAAUGCAGGGCUUUGCGCGCCGGUACUUUACUCUGCAGCAGUCAGGAUGGCUGUCGUACUCCCUCGAACCCGGGCAACUGAGCCGCGACCAAAUCUUCCUUCCACAGGCAGCAAUAUCAAGCACGCCCGGACGGAGAGACAUUCAUAUCGACUCUAAUAAGGCGACAUUCCACAUCAAGUGUCUCAGCGCGGAUGACUUCAACGUGUGGAUGGCAGCGUUCCGGUUUAUUGUGCGCGAGGUGCCCGGCGCGGCGUCGCUUGGGCGGCGGUCCACGCUCACGAGGACUACACCCCGUGGAGGGCAGUACAGCAGAGUGGGCGUGCUUGUGGACGAGAUUGGAAAUACCAUCACAGAACUCCAGGGCGCGAUAUCUGCCUUGCGGGAAGAGGAUGCUAAGCAGAGGAGCAACUCCACGCGUUCAGGGCCUGGCGGGGACAAGAAAGAUCGGAAGGACCAUGUUCUAGGUCUUUUCAAGAAGGCUGCGCCUACCCACAGUAACCAUUCUGCGAGCGAAGUCUCAAUAGAUACUAGAUCAAUCGACAGUAGUCUAUCUCCCGGAGCUGGGUAUGAGCGCGCUCAAGCCAUUCUGGACGCAUUAAAGAAUCAGCACGCGGCACUGUCCAAAUCCAUACAGCCGCAGUCUUCAAUAGAUUCCCAAUCUUCUGUUGCACAUCCAGGCGGGCUUUCCACCACUGCGGAGGAAGAUGGCGAACGCACACCCACUAGCCCCAGCCAGAAAUUAGCGCGCUCGUCUAUGAUGAGCUCGAACAGCGGUGGCAGCAACAGUGUCUGGUUUGAUGCUCCAGAAGGCGACGGAGCUGAGGAAUACGUAGUGGAUCAUGCGGAUGCGUCACCUGGUGACGAAUCCAAGGGCACCCUAGAGAGGAAGCCGAGUCAUGUUGACAGCCAAGUGGACACGGGCUCUAGCGCAGAAGCCAGCGCGGAGACAGACCAGAAACCGAUCGCUAGACGUACACAAUUACCCUCUCCAAUAGUAGGCGAUGAAGGGAGUCUCUUCCAAGUGCUGAAGAAGAACGUUGGAAAGGACUUGUCACAAGUGGCAAUGCCUGUCUCGUUCAACGAACCCCUAACGCUCUUGCAGAAAAUGGCCGAGGAGCUCGAGUACUAUCAGCUACUGUCUCAAGCUGCCAACGCACAAGACCCAGUAGAUCGAAUGUGCUUCGUAGCAGCAUUUGCUGUGUCGACAUAUGCAAAUACGAAGUAUCGGACGGGCCGAAAGGGGUUUAAUCCAAUGCUGGCAGAGACCUUCGAGGAUCCAAGGAUGAAGUUCAUUUCGGAGAAGGUGUCCCACAAUCCCGUCAUUCUCGCGUAUCAUGCGGAGGGCGAAGGCUGGGAACUCUGGGCGACAUCUAGUGGAAAGACCAAGUUCUGGGGCAAGAGCUUAGAGAUCAUACCCCAGGGCACCAUACAUCUCAAGAUUGGUGACCAACACUAUCAAUGGACUAGACCGUCGUCAUUCAUGCGGAACUUGAUGAUGGGCACAAAAUACCUAGAACAUUGUGGCAAGAUGGUGAUCGAAAACACGACAGCUGGCGGUCGCUGCACCCUUGACUUCAAAGAGGGUGGCUACUGGGGACCUGUCAAUAUGGUCGCGGGAACAGUUGUUUCCGCAUCAGGCGAGACAAAGGCACAGUUGGAGGGCAAGUGGGACGAGCAAAUGGCACGGAAACUCGACUCGUCGUACCUCCAAGUCCUUUGGCGAAUGAUACCCUUCCCCAAGAACGCCCCAGAUUACUACGGCUUCACCUCAUUCGGCAUCACGCUGAAUGAGGUGACGCCAGAUGUGGAAGGUCGUCUUCCGCUCACAGACUCGCGGCAUCGGACUGAUGUUCGGGCCUUGGAGGAAGGUGACCUCGAUAGCGCCGAGGAGGAAAAGAAGCGGAUAGAAGAAGCCCAGCGGGAGAGGCGGCGGCGGGGGGAAGAUCGGCAACCACGCUGGUUCAAGCAGGUUGGAGACGAGUGGGUAUAUGCGGGAGGAUAUUGGGAGCAGCGAGAGCGAGGAUGGAAAGACGUCGAAGCCUUGUGGUGA